AUGGACGUAUCUGAAUUGAAUGUUCAAAAAUUUACGCUUAUAAUACCACAUAAAAAGGAAGAAUUAGGACAAGUACACCAAAACGAUACUAAUAAGGAUAUAGAACAGGUUGAACUGAGUGAUACUACAGAACCUCAGAACCUAGAAAGUAAAGAUUCAACUACAGAUCUUUGUAUUGGUUGUCAACACAAGGAUGGAAACAUAAAGCAUCGAAGUUUUGGAUGUGAAUUCGGUGGCCAUUAUCAAUCACAUAAACAGGUUGAUAUUAAUAGUCAUCGAAACUGUAAAACAAAACGCCUACAAUGCCCAUGGAAUGCAAAUUUCAAUCGCACCCAAAACUCUCAAAUUAUAAAACUUACCACUUUCAAUAACUCUCACAACCAUACGUUAUUUCCUGCUGAUACUGAAAAGUAUUUACCAAAAUACCGUUAUAUUCCUGAUGAUGUUCUUAAAGAAGUUCAAUUUCUCACUGAAUAUGGAAAUCUAGCGAUCACUACUUAA